AUGUAUAUCACGCCUGCGCUGGUCGCUGCCUCUCUCGCCCUGGAGGCAUCUGCCUUCCUGGUGCCUCUGGAGGUUGCAACUGCUGCGAAGCAGGCAAAGUCGGAACUUGCCUCGCUCCUCGCCACAACUGGCCACACUGUUGAUCUUGACUGCCCCGAAUGUCCCUACUUUGGCACUGAAGACACGGACGACCUGCAAGAAGAUGUCGAGAACAAGAUUCAUCUCGAAUUCGACGUCGACUCUCAGCUUGGACUGACCAUUAAUGACCUUCCUGUCUUUUCCUCCGACCUUGAUACCGCCUCUCUCCCCUAUAUCAUCUCUGCCCCUCAGAUAAGAGUAGAAGACGGUCAACAAACAGAUCCUGUGCAACUGGACUUUGCUUGGGAGAGGUUAACGCCCAUCACCUCCGCGGACGAACCCGACAAAUCCAUCCUCCCUAUUCAGUUUACAAUCCUUGGUCUGCAAGGCUAUCCUGUAAAAGUCGACACCAUUACCAUCGAUCUUCUCCAGACCCCCGACCAAACCUCCAUUGCCCGUAUAAGCACGAUCCCCUUUGAAGAUACACCCGGUGCCACAACUUGCGACACUACCUCAAGAUGGUCUCUUUGCCGUUUGCGUGCCAUCAUCGUCGCCCGUCUCCAAGCAAUCAUGGAAGCGGCCACAGCACGUGCUUCUGCGGCUACCAAGGCUUGGGGUGGCAGCAGGGGCUGCCGUGGCCGCAAGGGUCCCAAAGGAUUUGGUCCUAUGGACGGUGAGGGUGCUCAUCACGCCCAUCACAAGGGCGGCCCUCACCGUCACGGUCUCCACCAUCGGCAUCACCGUUUCCACCGCUUUGGCCACAUGCUUCACCAAACACUACGUUUCUUCGUCAUCCCUGCCCUGUUGGGAGUCAUUGGCGGUCUCGUGGCCAGUGCCAUCGGUAUGCUGGUUGGCCAAAUGAUUUCCUACCUAUGGAUCAAAUUCCACCGCAAUGGCCGACGGGGUAACGCAGGCCACGAUAUUCGCGUUGUUGAGAUCGUGAUUGAUGAAGAAGAGAAGGAUGCCUUGGUCAUGAAUUCGCAGAUCGAGAGUGAACUGCCUCCUCCGCCAGGCUAUACGGAUGUCGAAGCUGGUGCGCAGGAAAAAUCGCAGUAA